AUGAGCGACGUGAAAGACAUACCAGAUGCAUGGGACGAUGAUUGGGAUCAGAUUGAUGCUCGACGCCCAGAUCCGUCUUCUCCCCCACCAGCCCCUCAGCAAGAACCGGAAAAGAAACUCUCGUCGAGAGCAAAGAAAGCUCAACUCCGCGCUCAGCAUGCAGAGUUUAAUCGACAGCUAUGGGCGGAAGCCGAGGCAGAAGCGUAUGUCUCCAUGCGCUCACCGCUGAAUCAACGUAAACUGACACUGACAUUGUCCUGCCAAUUCGCCAGUGAACCCACUCAAAUAUCCCAUUUCCUAGACUCUCGAUCCGCCAUCCCAUUAAGGACAGAAUAUAAGCCUACUGUUAAAGUCCUCAGUCGUAACCCUCAGUCUGGGGUUGACGCUGCGACAAUAGGAUUUCAGCGAGUGACCAUAUCUCCGCGCCCUGCCAGCAACGGUAAUAAUCAGAACGAGGCUGAGGAUGGAGAUGAUUCUGAUAGCGAAAGUAAAAACCAAAGACCUCUCACAGCAGAAGAACGCCAUGUUAUUGCGAAGCGAGAACGAGAAGAGAAACAACGCAAGUACGAAGAGGCCAGAGAACGAUUGUUUGGUAGCUCUAAUGCCGGUUCUGGUGCAUCGUCACCGGGUAGCACAACACCACCGCGACAGCAGCAUGCAAGUGAAGGGAGAUGGAAAGGCAAGGGUCGCUCAAAUGCGAACUGUAGAGAUAGAGGUGAUAAAAGGGAACCAAGAAAUGCUAAGGGAAAACAGCUUUUCGAUCCAAACUCGUCGCCCAAACCUGCUUCAAACGGAAAACGAAGAGAAACAAAAUCACAACCACAGUCACCGCCACCGCAAGUACCUAUACGAAGUCCGAGAGGUCCUGAGGAAAGCGGACCGGGCGGAUUUGGUUUCGCUCAACGUGGGUAA